AUGAACCGCCGACGUUCGAUCCAUGAAUCGAUUGAAUCCAUGGAUAUUGUGAGUAAGGAUGAUCCGAGUUAUUCAGUUUCCGAUGAGCAGAGAGUGAGUUAGGGCUGGGAAAAUGGUGAAAAAACAUUUUUUUUGCAGUUUUCAAUGCUGAAUUCGGUGCCACCAAUGACACUUUCCUGGCACGAUGUGGUGGUGAUGGUAAGCUAAUUUUAGGGCAUUUUUUCACGUCAUUUCACGUGACUCAUCUUUGACUUGAGUUCUUCCACAUUCACUGUAAAUCAUAAUUUCAGCCCAAAAAAUCUGCACAAUCACCCACCAAAUCUUCUUCGCCACUGCUCAAAAAAUCGGAAAAAGUGUCAGACAUCGAAACGAGCCCCGCAGAAAAUCAAACAAAAUUGGUGUUGAAUAAGGCGUAUGGUGUUGCGCGUCCGGGUGAAGUUAUCGCAAUUGUUGGACCGAGUGGCGCCGGAAAAACAACGUUGCUCAAUGUGUUGACGCAGAGGAAUUGUGGAGAAUUGGAUGUGACGGGAAGUGUUAAGGUUGGUGAUUUUUGGGAAAGCGGGGAGGGUUUGGAAGAGGGGAAAUUUGAAUUAAAAACUUUGAAAUGUGAAGCAGAAGCUCAAAAGAGCAUAAAAAAUAUAUUCUUUAGUUGUGCCACAGUUUUGGCGCCAGAAUUUGCAUUUUUCAAAAAUUUUGCCACGUGGAAUUUUCCUCAAAUGUUCAAAAAGCAAAAAUUCGAUAUAUUCUCAUUAUUCUCCUCGAGAACUACACAAAUUCUAUUGAUUUUUGGGCUUGAACUCAAGAUUUCUGAUAAAAUAUAUGUUUCCUAGUAGAUUUUGAUCGCCGCUUGUCAAAAAUUGCAAGAAUAUGAGUUAUGA